AUGAACCAAUUUCAUCUUUAUCCACAUUAGAUAUAUAGAAGAAAUACUAGAAACAAUCUUUACACCGAUGAAAACAAAUCAGAAAGCCCUACUUUAGACGAAACAUCCAAACGAUUAAAAACAACAAAUCCAAAAGAGAUUAAUAUAAGUGAUUAUGAAGAUUAAAAAUAAAGGAGGAUUCAAACAGAAGCUUCUCAAAAUAAAGCUUCAGAUUAAAAAUAAAAUCAAUAUGAUAAGCUACCUUCUUUAAAAAGCUAAUCAUCAAAACAGGCAAAAACAGGAGGAGAUCAUAAUACAGAUUAAAUAGAAAACUAAGAUCAACUUUCAUAAAGAAAGAGUAGGAUAGAUAAGUAGUAAAAAAAAGCAGCUAUUGAAGAUGAUGAUGGAGAUGUAUUUGAUAAAAAACCUAGAAGUACAAAUUUAAUAGAUAAUUCAAAAGGGUUUUUAGAUGCUUAGUAAAUUAUUGAUAAUUCCUAAAGAGAAAGAUUACCAUCUAUAAAUAAUAAAUUAAAUACAAACCAGAUAGAUAUUUUGAAUCGUUAUGAUGACAAAGCUUCACCAAAUUAUCGCACUUAAUCACGUUAAUAGAGUCAAUCAAAAAGAAACAGUACAAGUAGAGGAAGUAGUAGAAGUGAACACAGAAAAAAUCAAGAAAAUUAACUAAACAAAAGUUUUGAAUAGUCAUCACCAAAUGUCUAACAUCAAAAGUUAAAAAAUUCAUAAAUCAAUACUUAAGAUGCAAAAAAUACAGGUUUAGAUAUAAAUAUUAGUUUAUAAGAUAUAAAUUAUGAUAGCUCUGCUUCUAAACCAGAUUAAAAAAACAUUGAACAAUCUACUGCAAACUAAUUAGAUAGCUAAAAAAACAAAAAAGAAAAUAUUGUAAAAAAUAAUUCUUCGCUUUUAAAUAAAUAUAAAUUAGAAUAAGAAUAUUUAAAAGGUAUAAAAUAAAAAAGUAAUAAUAACAAUAGUGUUUUAAACGAAAGUUAAAAUAUUCACAAAUCUUCUUAAGAAAUGCAACAGGAUGAUGGAAAUGAUAGUGAUUAAUCAGAAGAUACUCGCUUAAAUAAUAAAAUUAAUAAUUAUAGAAAUUAAUAUAGAAGAAAUAUUGAUGAAAUUUACAAGCAAAUAAAAACAGAACAUAACUCACCAUCGAGUAGAAGCAUUUAUUUCCAUGAAGAAUUAAUUAAUAACGGGCUGAGAGCAUAGGGUAAAUUAAAAACAGAACCUAAUGAUGAUUCUAAAAAUCACAAUUUAACAAUCUCAAGACCUUCUAUUGAUUAUAACACUUCAUUAAGUAAAGUUGAUGGUGAUGAAAUUGAUAAUAUAUAAAAUUAAUCCAAAACUGUUCCUAUACACGUGCUUUUAAAUAAAAUCAAAUAAAGAAGCAACUACACUUAAAAACUAGAACGUUUGAGUAGCAAUCUUCAUGGGAUUAGUCCUAAUAAAUCUUAGAUAGAUUUAGAAGAUAGUACUUAAAGUCAGUUAGCAUAUGAUCAUCUUAAAGCAUAAAGACAGUAUUUAACAAGCAAGAAAUAUUUAAAUAUGUACAGUAGGACAAUAGACUCUAUGAAUAAUUAUGAUUCUAAUGGAGAUAAAAGCGGGAAAAAAAUAAAUGAAAACAGUUAUUUAAAUAAUAGCAAUGCCAACAACAGUUAAAAUGGUUUGGUAAUAAGAAAUGCAUAGAAAUCAAAUGGAGGUAUAUAUGGAAUAAAUAAAACCUUGGAUGUAUAAAGAUUAAAUGAAGAAAUAGAUAGAUUAGAGUAAUAAAGUAAAGCUUACUAAAAGUUACUUAAAAUAAGCAUAGAUUGCAGUAUAGAUUUUACAAAGAAUGUAACAGAAUAUAAAGUCCAUUCAAAUUUAGAAUGA